AUGAGUAAGGUGGGUGAUGAGAGCGGUGCAGCUGACAUUUCCAUGGGGUUGGUAGUUGUUCCUGAAUGUGAGAUCUCUGCAGAGGGCUGGAGAGCAGUUAGCAACAUGAAUGACAUCACGGUUGGUGAAGAAAACAUUGAGAUUCCGAGGGUGAAUGAGAUCAACGACGAUAUUGCUUGGUUUCAGAAAGGGUUUGCGUAUACAGUAGAUGGCGUAUUGAAGGAGGACGUCGUGGAGGAGCGGAUCUCUGAGGCCCGCGAUCAACGGAAACAGGGCAUCUUAAGAGGAAAGCCAUUAAAAGAGCGUUGCAUCAAAUGUGGAUGCCCUACGAGAUGCGGUAAUCGAGAGUUUUUCACGCCAAAUGGGAAAGGUUGGGGCCUAAGGACUUUGGAGAGAUCGCCUGAAGGGGCAUUUGUUUGUGAGUACACUGGAGAGAUAGUGACGAUUCCCAAGUUAUACCAACGUAGCUUUGAAGAUAAACUCACUUCUCCUGUGAUACUGGAUGGGGUCCUCAAGAAUGUUUUGAGGAUAACAAAGCUCUGUGUCUUGACGGGACACGUCAUGGGAAUAUCUCACGGUUCCUUAACCACAGAUGUAAACUUGAUCGAGAUCCCAGUUCAUGUUGAGACUCCGGAUCAGCACUAUUAUCAUAUAACUGCAAAUCUUCUUCAGCUUGCAUUCUUCUUCACAACCAGAGACAUCGAGGCAAUGGAGGAACUCACAUGGGAUUACUACAAUGAUGAUUAUCGGAUGAAACCAUUUGAUUCUGCAGGAACGUUAAGCGAUGAAGGAGUGAGUAACCAGCACGAGAUUUUAGUAGCAUUUGCUGAUUCUCUUACAUUGGACUGA